GUUUUAGGGAAAAUCGGUAAUUUGCUCAAGCGAAGACACAGGUCCUCUUCAUCAAACAGCAAUACAUUCCUGUUACCAUUAAUAGUAUUUAAUUGGAACUAAUUAACAACUAAAAAGGAAACCGACAAACAACGAGCUUAUCACACUGGAGCUCUGUCCGCCAUCACCGCAAAAAGCUGCCAAUAUUGGCAGUGCGCUGGAAUUAAUGGAUUUAAUUGGUUCAGCAGUUCUGGGCAAUAACAAUAACAGCAGUGACAACAACAGCAACAGCAGCAACAACAACAACAACAGCAACAACAACAGCAAUAACAACAACAACAACAACAACAACAACAAUAGCAACAGCAACAGUAACAACGACAACACCGAUAUCAUUAACGAUAUCACCAACAGUAAUAGCAGUAACAAUAGUAUCAGUGUUAUUAACAACAGUAUUAUGUCCGCUAUUCAGAAUUCGGAAGAUAAUAAAAGUAAGGGAUCAAUGAAAUCCGAACCUAUGCCAUUAAUUGAUGAAUUAGCAACGGUAUCACCGUCUUCAUCAACAGUGGAACAAGCUAGUAGCACUCCCGAAUCAAGGAUUCGAAUUACUGCAAGUCCCGGUGGUAAUAACAGAUCGAUCACUGAUCCAUCACCAACGAUAAUGGAAAAAACUGAACGGCCAAGUUUAAGUUAUAAAGAUCUCAUUAUUGAGGCCAUUGAAAGUAGUCCAGAAAAACGAUUAAAAUUGAAUGAAAUUUACCAAGUAAUCCGUAUGAUGCAUCCAUAUUAUCGUUUACGACCGGAUCAGUGGGGUUGGCAAAAUUCGAUACGUCAUAAUUUGAGUCUACAUGACUGUUUCGUUAAAUUACCUCUAAAACAAACAUCUGCUAGUGGUGUUGUUGGUCAUUUCUGGACAGUUGUACCAGAAUUAGGUGAUAAGCAAACUUUACGACGACGUAACCGAGUGACAAAUCGAUCAGGUGCUCGUGCAGCAUCAACAAGUGCAGCUGCAGCAGGUGGCCAAUUUAAUGGUCGUCUAUCAUCCAUUGAUGGUACCGCGAAUGAUAUCCUGAAUUGUGCAGUAGGAGGUGAUACAAAUGGUUUCAUGGAUGGAAGUGGAAUAAUUAGUGAUCAUAGUGGGAGUACAAGUCCUGCUCAUUGUUCAUUUGAUGGUACUUAUUGUGGUUCUAAUGAAUAUCGACCCAGUGUUACCGAUUCAGUGUUGAUCUCGACACAAUCAGUUUUCAAACCACAACCAUCGUAUAAUUCGACAUUAAGUCAUCAUUUAUCGAAACUAACCUCAGCAGAAGCAGCAGCAGCAGCAGCAACAAUUUUGAGUACUUCUGGAUCAAAUAAUAAUAAUACCAAUCAAAAUCCUCUGCUUGCAUUAUCCACACCAACAAGUUCAGCAGCAUUUGCUGGUUCUACCUUCGAUUCAUCAUCUUUUACUACCGAUGAUUAUAAAUCUUACACGCAGAAUCUGCUGAAUGCUUAUUUUUAUCAACAGGGUCUACUAACUUCACUGCAACAGCUAGCUGAAGUUGCUAAUCGAGUUAAUCCAAUCGCAGCUACAUUACCAACAUCAUUGCUUGGUGUUAAAAUGCCACUACUAAAUGGAUUACUUUCCAAUCCGGCACUUUUUUCUUCACAAAUGCCAAUUGUUAGCGUUGCAACAGCUACAGCUAUUAAAGCAGCAGCUUUUGGCUUAUCACCCUUGCUACCUCUAAGCUUAAGCGGUACAGCAGCAACAACAGCAACAACAACCAACAAUCUGUUUCUGGAUCCAGAACAUAUACCGGGAACCCCAAAGAUGUCCAUUUCUCCAACAAAUACCCAAUCGCAACUCUCAUCUUCCGGUUCUUUGUCAUUUCCAAUUAAGAGCGAAGCCCAGUCAACAUUUAUGUUCUCUUAA